AUAAAGGAUGCAAAUAAUAAAUUAAAAAAGGCCAACGAUCACAUUGAAGGGAUGACCAAGUAUCACAUAAUGAGAGAAAAAGAGAAGAGUAGCAAGCACAGCGUGGAGAUACAGUUAUUACAAGAGGAUCUUAAAAUACUUAGCCGAAAACUCAAAGAGGCAAACGCACAAUUGACCGAAUGUCGGAUUAAGCAGACAAGUCUGCAACAAGAACAAGAAGUUCGUAAAGAG